UUAUAACAAUGCACUUAUAUGCCCAUAAUCCGUUUCAUAAUGAUACCCAUUACGAUACAGAUUUUUCAUUACGAUACAGAUUUUUAAUCAAUAGAAACCCAUAAUUUUUCAAUCAAGCAUGCUGUGCAUUUGACGUUUAUGCUAGGUUCCUAUGUAAUUAUUUUAGAUGUCAGAAUCAGUACGUAUUAAAUUUUCGUAGAUACCUAGCUAAACUUCGAUAAUUUAUCAAAAUGUCUGAUAUCAGCGAUAUAGAAGAAUUACCAUCGACUCCUCCACACAUAUCGGAGAAAGCAGAAAAUGCAGUUCAAAAUAUUUUACCCCAAAAAUCUAAGAAAGUGUACGAAAAACUUUAUCAACGGUUUAUGGACUGGAGAAAUACAAAUAAUAUUUCGACAUUCUCCGAAAAUGUUUUAAUUGCUUAUUUUCAAGAAUUGAUGGAAACUAUGAAAUCAUCUAGUACAUGGACACAUUAUUCAAUAAUAAAAACGUUGGUAAAUAUAAACCAUAAUAUAAACAUUUCUAAAUAUAAGAAACUACAAGCUUUAUUAAAGCGAAAGUCCGAAGGAUAUGUUGGAAAAAAAGCAAAAAUAUUUUCACCUGAACAAAUAAAAACGUUUAUCGACGAAGCACCCGAUGAACGGUUUUUAUUUUUAAAAGUAGCAAUGAUUUUUGGAAUAAUGGGAGCAUGUCGAAGGCAUGAACUACAUGACCUAAAAUGUGAAAAUGUCAAAGAUAUGAAUGGAAUCUUAAUUGUUAAUGUGAUAGAAACUAAAACAAAAGUACAACGAACAUUUACAAUUACCGGCAAAUACUACGAAAUUAGUAAAAAAUAUAUGAAUCUACGGCCUAAAAUUUGCCCCACCCCAUCUUUUUUCGUUAAUUAUUUAAAUGGAAAAUGCACAAUUCAAAACAUUGGUAUUAAUAAAUUUGGUGAUAUAGGGAAGAAAAUAGCAACAUAUUUAAAUCUGCCUGAUCCGAAUUUAUAUACAGGGCAUUGUUUUCGUAGGACAUCUGCAACCGUAUUAGUAGAUGCCGGUGGUGAUAUUACUACAUUAAAACGCCAUGGUGGCUGGAAAUCCAAUUCAGUGGCAGAAGGCUACAUUGAAAAUUCGGUUCAGAAUAAAAUCAGCAUUUCCAAUACAAUAUUGAACUCUAUUGAGACUAGCAAUAAUGAAAUAAAUGUAAAUAUUCCUUCCACUUCCAGAUCAGUGGGACCUGGAAUAAACUUUUCAAACUGCACAAUAAAUAAUCUUAAUAUUUUUAAGAAAUCGGAUUAAUUACAAUUAUUAUAUGUUGAAUAUAAAUACAAAUAAAAUGUUUAUAGUUUUCUUGUAUCUAUGGCAAUACCAAUACCCGAGGUAUUAAUUACAAUUUUGU